AUUGCUGAAGACUGGAAAAUUGAGCGGCCGGCGUGCGAAGGUGCAUCGUGUGGGCGCUCACUCCACUACUCCAAAGCAGACUACAAAAACUGUCCUGAUUCUGAUUUAUAUCCAUUUCAGAAGAGCUUACAGCUGCGUGAAUCGCUUCUCCAGUAUUCUAAAAUGUCUGCAGAUUUCUCUAAACUUGGAGCUAAAGUGAUUGAAGGGAAGACCAAGAUUGUGUACGAUCUGGUGGACCACCCUGGAAAAGUGCUUGUGGAGUCCAAGGACCGCAUUACAGCCGGCGAUGGCGCUCGUGCCAAUGACAUGGAGGGCAAGGCCAAAAUAUCAACUGCAACUGCCACAUCCAUUUUCCAGUUAUUGAACAAUGCAGGAAUAAAGACUCACUUCAUUCAGCCGGAAGGGGAAAGGUCAUUUGUUGCCUACAAAUGUCACAUGAUCCCCAUUGAAUGGGUGACACGAAGAAUUGCUACUGGUUCGUUCUUAAAACGAAAUGUUGGAGUCCCAGAGGGAUACAGGUUCAACCCCCCCAAGCUUGAGACAUUUUUCAAGGAUGAUGAAAACCAUGAUCCCCAGUGGUCAUUUGAACAAUGCCUUGCUUACGGAAAAUCAUUUGGAGGUGUUCUGAUUGGAAGAAAUGAGCUACAAAUCAUGGAGAAAAUGACCGUGACCAUAUUUGAAAUCCUUGAGAAAGCAUGGGCAUCUCUGGACUGUAGCCUUGUUGAUAUGAAGAUUGAAUUUGGUGUGAAAGACGGAACAGAUGAAAUCAUCUUGGGCGACAUCAUUGACAGUGACUCAUGGCGAUUGUGGCCAUCUGGAGAUAAGCGCUUGAUGAAGGAUAAACAAGUUUACAGAAACCUGAAGGAAGUUACUGCUGAGAGUUUGGACAUGGUGAAGAGGAACUUUGAAUGGGUUGCUGAAAGAGUGCAGCUUCUUAACUCAAAGCCAAGUGGUCGUGUGGCUGUGUUUAUGGGCUCUAGCAGUGACGCAGCUCAUUGUGAGAAAAUCAGAGGAGCUUGUAAAAAUUACGGCGUGCCUUGUGAGCUGAGAGUGACAUCAGCACAUAAGCAGUCAGACCAGACCCUGAGAUUACUGGCGGAAUAUGAAGGUGAAGGAAUACCCACAGUGAUCAUUGCUGUGGCUGGACGUAGCAAUGGGCUGGGACCUGUGCUCUCUGGCAACACGGCCUGGCCCGUCAUUAACUGUCCUCCUAUCUCAGGUGACUGGGGAAGCCAAGAUGUUUGGUCAAGCCUGAGGUUGCCUUCAGGUUUGGGAUGCUCCACUGUUCUGCAGCCUGAAAGUGCAGCUCAGGCUGCGGCCCAGAUUCUUGGCCUGAGCGACCACGUGGUCUGGGCCAAACUAAGGGCCAAGCAGCUCAACACCUGGGUAGACCUCAUCAAAGCUGAUAGAAAAAUGAGAGAUGACAAGUAACUGUCAUCAGUUCCUCACUUCUCCUGUUGGGAGUUUCUUUUACUUUUGGUCAGGUUUUUCUGUAGAUGCAUAUCAUAUGUCUUGGAGGUGGAGUUUACAAACUACUUUACCGGAUCAUGUGGUUUGGAACUUUCAAUGGCAUCAUGUAGACCUAUAUGAAAAUUAGUAAAAGAGCACUGGGCUGGGAAAUCUGAUUAUUGUUAUUUCCAGUUUUUGUUUUUUCUAGAGCACGUUUCAUUUAUUGGAAGUCAACCAUUCUACUGAAUUUCUUCUUCGGAGUGCCAUACAUCUCUAAAGUUGGCAGUCUUUUGUACCUCCUGCCAUCUGUACAUGGUAAAGGGAACUAUCUUGCAAUUUUAUAGUGCAGAGAUUACGUUUUGAUUUACUUGUUCUCUCUUAUCCGGAACUUCUUCAAUUUACUUCAAAGUGCCAUUCUUGUCUUCUUCUUUGGAGGUUUGAAUCUCUUUUUCUGCCUCAGCCUGUCUUUGAUAAGGGGGAACAAUUUUUCAUGCUGAAGCUAUCCUGCCAUCUUCUCUCUUUAAUAUAUGAUGAAAAAAGGCUCUGUCUCACACUUUAUCCCUUUGCCUCAAUUUUUCUUUUUUGUUGUUGCUUUUCUGAGUUUGUAAAUGUAGGCAGCAUUUGGUCCACUCUGAAGUCCGACCUUGUUUUAUUCCAUAAUGUGGCCGAAAAAGCUUAAAUGCCAUGUUGUAACCCCCAUUUGGUAAUGAGUAUCCAGAUUCUUUUGUUACUAUAAUUUGAAGCUACCAAGGCUUUUGUGUUCAUUUUCACUUCAUGUCACUUUUUCAUUUUCUCGCCCUUUUGAAGAAUUUGGAAUGGAAGGAUAUUAUGAGCUGCAGGCAUUUAGUAGAUAAUGGAACUACAAUAGAUUUUUUUGUUUUUUUGACAUAUUUUGUUCUUGGACAAUGAAAUGGUGCAAUGAGUCCCUCAAGUCCGGAGAGGAAACUUUGAAAUCUUUUCUUCUUGUUUUUGAAGACCCAAACUAAAAUUGAUAUAUAUAUGUACAAGAUAUUUUGAAAAGUGUUUAUUAUUGGUUAUAUGGACUGUUAGUAGACUUACCUAUAAAAUGUAUUAGCUUUCUUUUGAAAGUUGCUUUAUUAUAACCAACAGUUUGCUCAAUGUCAUGGUUUUUUUGUUUAAAAAAAAAAUAAAUUAAAGUGAAGAACUGUUAAUGUAUGAGAAAGGAAGGGACCAUGAGGCACAAUUGUUUUCCCUGUGGGUACCUCCUAUUUCUCUUAUCUCUUUCUGUCAGUUAAUUAUGACAGGAACACUUCACAUGUGCUUGCCUUGUUGUAGCGUCUUUUCCGGGUGUUUCUUCAUGUGAAUGCUGAUAUAUAUGGGAAAAAAAAUGUAUUGCAGAGAUUCGGCUCUGCAUUUGUUUACAAGUACUAAACCCACGUACAUGAAACGAUUUUCUUUUGUGCUUAGAAAAUGAAGAAAUACAGUUUCACUACUGUUUUCAAAUUCUAAAAGUAACCAGAAGGACAGUCUGUUGAAAUUAACUCCCCCCCCCCCCCCCCCAACCACCACACACACAUCUACACACACCACACAUUCAUCUGCUUACUGCUUACUUUCAUAUUUUUUUAAAGAAUGAAACAUUCCCAGCCCUAAAAAUGAAACAUUUGUAAAAGUCAAUAUUAUUUCACAAGAGCUUUUUCUAUGUGGCAAAAUAAAUUUCAUCUCACUAACAGGCAA